UAUACUAAGUAUAUUUACUGUCCAAAAAUAUAUUCAAAACAUACCAUUCGCAAAUAUUCGCUAGACGUUUAAACAAAAUUAAACUGGUAUUAAGCAAAAACGCGAUUUUAACUACACAUGGGACGGCUCAUGGCAAUUUGAGCUAUCAGAAAAAUUACCCGAAAAUUAUUUGUGAACCACAUUUACCGAUCAUUGGUAGAGUAUAACCAUGGCUCAUAGUGCCCAUCCUGCCACAAACGAGUGGCUGGUGGAUCGAAACCACAGGGUUGCUCAACUUUUUAAGCAAAAAUCAACCGUAAGUGACGACGAGGAAAAACAAAGAUUAGAGUUGGAAAUUAAAAACAUUGAACGUGAAAUAAAUGACAUGACCGCUGGCACGAAACCACCUCAAUCGCCGACCAAUCACAGUUCACCAAUUACCACCGCAAGUAGCCAGAUCAAUUUGCAAAACAUACCCGAGAACGAUGUUGCGGGACCUACCCGAGCGCGACUACCCACCGACAACCGCCCGGUUAGCAUUGUGAAUGGCUACGAGUACAAAACCCGCCGACCUUCACACGAAGAGAGGAUAGCGUACUUCAAAAAUACCGGAAAAUCUAGAGCAGAAGCUGAAAAACUUCUGAAACGAAACUCAUUGCAAGUCUCUACAUCGAUAGAUUCCCCAAUUGAAGAAUUUGCCGUUUAUUACGUAACAGACGGCCAAGUUAGUGAUCGUAAGGAGCUUCUACAGCUAAAUAGGAAUGACAACGUUAUAGCCUUAUACGGGAAAGAAUCGAUAAUUAUCUUCGAAAUUGCCCUGGAUGAUCUAAUAUCAAUUCUUCCUUUGGGUGAAAAUCAAAUUCUGCUGAAAACGGAAAAUUUAACCUGUUACGAACUAAUCAUGGAAAGCAAAGCAAGUCAGCUUAAAUUAAUUUCAGCCGUGAACAAAAAUGUCCCAAAGCUCAAAGCAAACUCGGUCAAGUUUUCGGGAGUUUUGGAGAAAAAAAGUGUGUUGGGUUGGCGGCUAAAAGAUAUUAAGCUUGAAAGCGGCCUUCUGCUGUACAGAAACAAAGGUGACAAGGGAUCAUUUUCAGGGUUGAUUGAUAUUCAAACUUCCGGAAUUGACGUUAAAAAAGUACCAGGGUCCCAAAACCAGUUCAAAAUUGUGUCGCCCGACGGAAAAACGUAUUUGUUUCGAGAGCCGAACAAAAAUCCAAAAUUGACAACAGAAUGGAUAAAUGAGCUCAGAAACUGCGUAGAGGACGGUAAUAAGAAAUUAUCGAUUCGGCUUUCGGGAGUCAGUAGAAAUAAUGUGAUCGAUUCGCAAACAUUUCGGCAAAUUGAACGUCUAUUGGCCGACAUUGAAUCAGAAACCCAACGGAGUUGUAAAGUUAAAGAACUUCGAGAUUUGCUUCGACCGUUACUUGACAAUCGAGACGAUAAAGAGUUUGGACGAAACAGCGAACGGAUGUCCAGAGCGUCGAAAAGAUCUCAGAUCGAAAACCGAACCAGUACAGUUGUUUUGAAUACAGACUCGCCGGACAGUGGAGCAUCGAUGAGCGAACCGUCCAAUUUUAAUGAAGAGUUAACCGAAAUAACCGAACCCGAAGAAGAGAUUUAUGACCAAAUGAAUGAAAGUACUUAUGACCAAAUGAAUGAGAGUACUGCGGACCUUGGCCAAUCAACGUUAAGUUUGAAGGAACGACUUGAGCUCAGAAGCACAAUAGCUCAAAGUUGCCGACAGAUCACGAGUGACGAUGAAAAUGAAGAAUCGGAUGACGAGGAAGAAGGUCAUCGAGACAAAAGAUUGCAAUCUUCAACUGAAGUGACUGUCAACGAAAAUGAAGAUCUACGAGCGUCGAAUGAUGCGGUUACUGAAAAUCCAAACGUUGAUUCUAAAGUCUGGGAAAAAAAGCCACAAGAAGUAGUUGAAGUCCUGCAAGUUCUAUCAGUUGCUGACCUUGAGAGUUCGAAACCUGACGUGACACUCGAAGCAAACUGUACAAAUGAAGAUGGAAGCGGGACUUUGGCGGUAAACACGAGCAAUGAAGGGACAUCUGGAAUACCGGAAAUAACUUUCAGUUCCGAAGACCCAAAAUGUAGUGAUUUGGAUCAUGAACUUCCAGACUACGCGUCUGUUGAAGCCAAAAAACAAUUUUUCAAACACAAGUUGGAAAGAGAUUUAAGCCAACGACACAGUGUAAUGCCAAAACCAGAACGGAAUCAAGUUACCAACUCAUCCGAAAACUUAGUGAAAUCUGAAUGCCCUCAACAAGAAGUCCAAAGGGGCACUCCAAAUCGGACAUCUGGAGUUAAAAAGCCGGUUGCUCCUCCACCACCGAUCAGUGCACCCCCACCUCCUCCCUCUCCUGGGGGGUUCUGGGGGAGACUCAAAAGUAAACCCCCGCAACUAAAGACAAUACAAGUUAGGCCAAUACAUAAAGAUUCGAUCGCGUUAAAAAAUGCAAUAUGGGAUACCGAAUGCAACAACAACGUGAUUGGCGGAGAUAUUGACGAAUCAGAAAAAGACGAGAUAGUCACGUUGUUUGCAUUGAAAAGCAACCAAAAGAAAAAAGAGGCACCGGUCUUGCCCGCCGCAGCGGCUGCAGUGGACGGAAGCGACAACAGUCAGCAGUCGAGAGCUCGGCAGAUUGAGAACAAGUUUGGCGGUUACUCAAUUGGCGGACCACGAGCACAACGUCUUGAAAUGUUCUUCAAACAGCACAAGUUUUCACCAACAAGCGACGUCUUUAUGGAAUUUUUCAACAUCAAAGACAAAACAAAUCAAGCUACUCUUAUUUCGGAACUGAAUUUCCUGCAGCCGACGCAGCUCGAUAUCGACGUAUUCAAUUUACACGGAAACAAUCUCGAUGAAACGACGCCGAUAACUUUUCGACAAAUGUCCAAUCUAUGUAAAGACACCCACUAUAAAGAGAAGUUAGAAGUUCUGAAAACCAUCAAUGAAAUAGAAGAACAAGGCCAACUAGUCGAAACGAAUUUGACAAAAGUUAUCAAACUUUGCUUUGAUUUGGAAAACAACGACGAGUUCAAAAGAGUUUUAAAACAUUGUCUAAAAUUGAUCAAUUUCAUCAACGAGAAAAAUCAUAAAGAUCGUGUUCUGGCGUUUUCCCUGGUCGAAACCCUUCCCAAUUUAUCUCAAACCAAGAGUACAGUCAAACCGGAUUAUACCUUGUUACAUAGCUUAGUAGCUAUUAUCCGGAGACAGGACCCAGAUCUUCUGCAUAAGUUGUCGGAACUCCAGUUGUCGGGUGUUGAGGUGUUGGCGCCUCAAAGCGAAAAACAGACACGAAAGUCAAAAGAUUUGUUCGCUAGCUUGACUGCCGAAGUCCGAAAAAUGACGAUUAUGUUCAACGAUGCUCGUGGUUGCAUUAAACGCAUGAAAGAAGGAUGCGCUAAAACUGACGAAAAAAGCCGAAGUUUCAUCGAAAAGACUGAAGCUGUGUUGAGCGUCGAAUGUCAUUGCAUGAUAACGUCCCUAGAUGCAAAAGUAGAGGAGCUUACACAGUCUUAUGAUAGACUUAUGAAGCUUUUCGCGCAGGAUCGAGCCACGGACCCCGCACAGUUUUUCUCGGUCGUUAACAAGUUUCUAAGGGACUUAUGCCUCACGGGAAGAAUGAUAGCCGACCCUAUAUUUGGCAACGAGACUGGACGAAGAUUCGCCAGAGCCAACGUCAAUGAUGAAAUGCAGGAGAAGAUAAAGGGAAUGCAAACUAUUGAUUAACUCUUAAAAAUACUGACGCAUAGAGGCGGUUUUAAGGAAAAAGUAUACUAAUCAUUGCUAUCAGUUUUCUAAGGAUUUUUUGUUUUCAUUAAAUUGGCCUUCGACUCCAAAAAUGAUGAUUUUGAAAUCGAGAAAUGGGGGCGCGCGCAUUCAAAUAAAUACGGAGAAACUAAAUUUACUCGAGACAUAUUUGGUAUGUGUUUUGCAAGAAUAUGCCAGUGCGACAGAUUUUUAAGCCAAAAAAGAACCAGAAACCGGAGUAUUUUCAUAACCGGCAUUAAAAAAUUGGCAUGGCGACAAUUCUUUGAAGGCGACAAUUGGUCACAAGUAGAACAGGGAAAAUUCAAGAUCCUUUGCCAGACAAUUAAACUGCGAGCGAAUCAAUAUUCCUUGCUUAGUAGUUCCACGAAACUUUUCAUAUUAAAUACCACACACGCUAAAGCAUGGCUGUUAGGUUGCUGUGCAUUGAUAAUUUAUUUUAUUUUGACUUACUUAUAUAUUUGGAAUAUUCUUUUUAAUACUAAUAUAAUCAAGAAUUGCUCUGCUUCAAAUCGUCGCUUUUUGGUCUCCUACUAAUUGUCGCCUCACGUCUGGAAAAAUGUGACGAUUUCCUAAGUAAACGCUUCUGUCGGCUGAAAAUAUAAUUUUGAACCAUUUGCUCGAAACGAAAUGAUCGAAUGAGCAUAUUGAACUGUAAAUAUUACACCAGUAAUGUUAAAUUGAUUGACCUGCAUCUGUUAUAAAUAAACUAAAGCAUAUGAAAUAUUUAACAUGACUUUUUUCUAAGUUUGCAAUGCAUUAUUAACUUCUUGUAAAUUUGAGAAUCAACAAUGAAAAUCUGAAAUUGCCUUUUAUAUGAGUGAGCAACGAAGUCAUAGCGGAGAAAUUUUGAAAAGUAGCAGUCUUAUGCAAUAAAUGAAAGAUGUA